ACAAAACUCAAAAUCGCCCUAAGCUGAGACCGCCACCUUUCUUUCUCUCUUCUUCCACCGACCGGCUGCUCCUAUUCUGUCUCAACUGAUCCUUCUUUCGUAGCCCUUUGGCGUUUCUGGUGCCUUAGCUGCCAUCUCUUAUCGGGUUAUGGGAUCGUCGAAUAUUAGAGAUAUCUUGACAGCGUUUAGUCCAUCUUUGGACUACUUUGCAAUUAGUUCUGGAGAUGGUCGUAUUAAGAUUUGGGACACUUUGAAGGGCCAAAUUCAAACUGAAUUUGCAGACAUUAUCUCAAGUGAGGCAACAAACAUAUAUGCUAAGGCAGAAAGAGGGCAUCUUUCGAUUGAUUACAAAUGUAUGAAGUGGUUGUCUUCUGACAAUAAGAAGAAAAGGAAACUUGGAAGUUCUUUGCUAGUAUUGGGAACGGGAAGUGGUGAUGUCUUAGCACUUGAUGUAUCUGCUGGUCAGUUGAAGUGGACAGUUAGUGAUUGCCAUCCUGGGGGUGUCGGUGCCAUUGGAUGUGCUACAAGAGGCUCUUGCAUUUAUAGUGCUGGUGCUGAUGGGAUGGUUUGUGAAAUCGAUUCAUUGACUGGAAACCUAUUGGGGAAGUUCAGAGCCUCUACAAAGUCGAUAUCCUGUAUGGCAGUCUCAUCAGAUGGAAAGAUGUUAGCAGCUGCAGCUGCACAAUUGAAGACUUUUGAUUGUUCGAAUCACAAAAAAAUACAGAAGUUUGCUGGCCAUCCUGGAUCUGUUCGGUGCAUGAUAUUUACUGAAGAUGGAAAGUUUAUCCUAUCAUCUGCUGUUGGUGAAAGAUAUAUUGCUGUAUGGAGAACAGAUGGAGGCAAAAAGCAGUCCGCUAGUUGCGUUUUAGCAAUGGAGCACCCUGCAGUCUUCAUAGAUAGCAAAUGUGUUAACAGUGGGGAUAUAUAUGUUUGUGCCAUUUCAGAAAUUGGUGUUUGUUACUUUUGGUAUGGUCAGGAUGUUGAGAAAUUACGGAAUACCAAGCCCACAAAACUUGCAUUAUCUUUGGAAGAUGGUUUAUCUAAAACUCAAAAAGGUGCCUUACCUACAAUAUUUGCUGCAAAAUUGCAAGGCAUUGCCAAGCCAGCAUCCGUGCAUGCAUUUCUUGCCCAUGGUUUGUUGGUAAAGCCAUCGUUUCAGAAAAUUGUGGUGCAUUAUGGUGUGGACAUAUUGUUGAGUAGCUCUCAGGAUGGGGUCCUUUUACCAAGGAGUCAGUCCCUUAACAAAUUGAAGAAAGGGCUGGAUGCACAGAAUAGAGUAACUGCAUUGGAUCGUGCAAAUGCUGAGGAUGCCGCACUUCCAAUCCCUAAGGUUUUUUAUCUUCAUGAAGAAAAAGACGAUAGACAUAGAAGUUUCAGCUUUGAUACUGGUGAUGUAAUGGCUGAUUCAAUUGACCAUGGUAACCAAUCAAAUUUUGUGGAUGGAAAAGGUGACUUGGUACAAUUAGAAGCCGACUCCAAAGCACUUUGCAUGGAGGAUCAGCUAAGAUCACUAGGAAUACUUGAUACAUCUAACUCUUCUCUUGAUUCUAUUGUAUUUGAUGGUAUUAAUCUUGAAGCUAAUGUGCCGCCAAAGAAGAUGAGAGCAGCUGUUUCGUCUAUGGAGCCCAGUGAAGCUCACAAGUUGCUGGAAAACUUGGUGAGAUUGUGGCAGUCAAGGUCAUAUAGUGGAAAGUAUGUUCUUCCAUGGAUAUAUAGUAUAUUGGUGAAUCAUGGUCAUGUUAUGUCUCAAGAAUCCAUAACCCAGAUGCUUAAUUCCUUAUCAAAGACUACUAGAUCUAGAGGGUUGGCUAUUCAGUCUUUGCUACAAUUAUCUGGGCGAUUACAGCUUGUAAGAGCACAGAUUGACAAGGCAGCUCAGAGCAAAAGUCGACGCUCUGCAAGUGAUCACCAAAUGGAUGAAAGUGAAGAUGAAGAUGAAGAUGAUGAUGAUGUAGAUGACGUUCUUUACAGAGAAGAUGAUGAAUCCCAAUUAAGUAGCGACAAUGAUAAUUAACCACCUUCAGUGCAAGAGAUCCAAAGUGGAUUGAAAGAAAGGGGUUUACUCUUUAUGGCAAGUUUGACUGCUGGCCUUCAGCAUUCUUUGUAUCACUCUGUUUUAGUUAUUUUCUGGUGCUGCCAAUAUGGUUUCUCUGAGAGGAACAUUUCCAUGGUCGUCCUGCUGUGCUAGUAUCCACUGCCAUGGUUGUUCACAAUUUAGUGCGGUUCAUUUUUCCUUUUAUCCCUCAAUUUUGUAAUGGUAUCCCUCAAUUUUGAUAGAAGACAAUGACUGAGCAAAAGCUGCAAUGUAGCCUUAUUUCGGUUUCGCAUGGCAAAAUUAGUGUUUAAAAAUCUUAUAAAAUAAAGAUUUGUUC